AUGGCUCUUACCAAGUGCCUGUUGCCGGCAGUGCCUUUGGUCACCCAGGGAGUCUCAUCACCUCUGCUGCAAGAGGAGAUUAGACUGUUUUGGCAAAUGGUUGUCAAUGUGUCCGGUGUAAGUACCUCUAAUGGGGAUCUAACACAGUCCAAACAACUUAACCUCACAAGGUUCCAUAAGACAGGAAAACGAAGAGAACCUUGUGAUGGGAUUCUCAACUUCAUAUCCCCAUGUAUUUUUUUCCUCAGUAAUUUAUCCUUCCUUGAUAUCUGUUACUCCACCAGCUGGGAACCAUAUGUCUUGGCCCAAUGCUUCAGGGACUUCCCCAUUAUUUUCUAUACCAGCUGUUAUGCCCAGAUGACCACAUCCCUCUUUCCAGGGAUGACAGAAUGUCUCUUCCAUGCUGUCAUGGUUUAUGACAGGUUUGUUGCAAUCUCCAAUCCCCUGCAUUACACCACCAUUAUGAAUAAUGAAGUUUGCGUACAGUUGGCCUUGGGAACCUGGGCAAGUGCAUUCUUAGUAGCAGUCUUACCAUUCAUUGCAAUUCCUGCUUGUUAUUAUGGACAGAAUGCCAUCAGCCAUUUUACCUGUGAGAUCCAGGCCCCGCUGAAGCUCAUCUGCUCAGACACUCCUGUCAGUCUGAUUCUGGGUCUGGUUAUCAGUGUGUUCAUAUUGACCUUGCCUUUCACUAUCAUCCUUAUUUCCUACUUCCACAUUGUGGUUAUCGUGCUGAGGAUCCAUUCUGUAGAGGCCAGCCUCAAAUCUUUCUUCAUCUGUGGACCUUAUCUAACUGUGGUCAACAUAUUUAAUGGUAGAGCCAUCUACAUGUACCUGAAACCUCAAAGAAAUCUCAGGAAGAGGACAAAUUCAGUGUACGACGAGAAGCCUCAGAACCCCAUUUGCUAG